AGCCGGCGCUUCCCCGGCCUCUGCGGGGCUUCAUCGGCGAGGGCGGGUGUGUAGAGGAGAUACCGGCGAGUAAAUCUGUUGGCUUGUACGCAGCCGCGUUUUUUAUAUUACAGUCAUUCGAAACGCUUUAUUUGAAAGUAUUACAAAAACUAAAAAAGUCUGAUCCUGUGCUUGGGUGCAGGUACAUGUCUGUUACAGGCACUCACAGCUGUCACGAGUUAGCCCCAAAUCACACUAAUGUUAGGUACUGGCACGUGGCUUUUACCUCUGAAUUUCUGCCAUUUACUAUUCUGCCAUAAUAUUUGCAAAAACUGAUUGCUUAGUAUAAAUUUUCAUCCUAGGAAAGAGUGGUUUUUACCCUCUUCGCCUAUCUCUAAGUGGUCUUUUGAUACUUAUUUUUCAUUCUUUAUAUACUGUGUAGUUGCUUAAUGCAAAAAUUUAGCUACAGAGUCACUGGAAUAGUACCGUAGAACGGUAUGGUGUAAAACCAUGUAACCAACAAAUAUAUUAGAAUCAAAACCCAAAUGGGGGUUGGCAGAAAAAAACCCAACAAAUUUCAUAUGUUAUUUUUGCAGGAAAUCGCUGCAUAGAAGGCUACCACACCUUUUUGAUAAGCAGGCAUGGCUGUCACGCUGCAUACUGAUGUGGGAGACAUAAAAAUUGAACUAUUCUGUGAGCGUACUCCAAAGACUUGUGAAAAUUUCCUGGCUCUUUGUGCUAGUAACUACUACAAUGGAUGCGUAUUUCACCGAAAUAUAAAGGGCUUCAUGGUUCAGACAGGGGAUCCAUUAGGCACUGGGAAAGGAGGUAACAGCAUCUGGGGCAAGAAGUUUGAAGAUGAAUUCAGUGAAUAUCUAAAGCACAGUGUCCGUGGGGUGGUUUCCAUGGCAAACAAUGGUCCCAACACGAAUGGAUCACAGUUCUUCAUCACUUAUGGCAAACAGCCACACCUGGACAUGAAGUACACGGUGUUUGGAAAAGUUAUUGAUGGCUUGGAGACCCUGGAUGAGCUGGAGAAGCUGCCUGUGAAUGAGAAAACCUAUCGACCUCUCAGUGAUGUCCGCAUUAAAGACAUUACAAUUCAUGCCAACCCUUUUGCUCUGUAGCCACAGAAUGCCUCAACACAUUUCAGAGACUGGUCAGAUAAUUGGCAGAUUAUUGGGUUUAAGGAGCCAUCAAAAAGGGUUACUUCAGAUGGAUCAUAUCUUUGCUCAUUGAAUGCAGAAUUUUCAGGAGCUGUGACAUUGGGAGUUGUCACAGAGAAGUCUUGUGCUUCAGAAGCCAGGUUUUCCAGAGUAUCUUCCCACAUUUUGGUUUUGAAACAUUGUUUUUUAUACUUGUAAAAUAAAAAAAAACUUUAAUUUUUUUCAUAA